AAUCACAAUUAGCCACAAGGAUGUCAUUAAUUUAUGUAUGCGUCAGCAUUAAUAGAGGUGUGACAAUCACCAUUGAAUUAAUUAACUUUCCAAGGUAACAUAAGCAAACUUGAAGGUACAAAGAGGCAGCUGCUUGAACUGUUGCAUCAGUUGCAGGCAAUCCAAAUUAUGAAUAUGGAAAGUUGAAAUGGUAAAAUCAAUGACAUACAAUACUCACUAGAAUACUGUGUAGACAAUAGGGAACAGUGGUCACAAGAAGACGCAGGAGUUGCAUUGUACAUUAAGGUGUUUUUAGUAUUUUGUCCACACCGUAUAGCAGAGAGGACAGAAGGAAAAGAGAAGUGAUGAGAAACAAUAACAGUCAUUGUGGUGUUUGAAUAAAACAUACAGGCACACACAUGUAUGCACACACAAACACACAUUUUUUCAUUACCUCCUGCACGGUUUGACGAGACCUUUAUAGAGUUGUUUGUUUCUUCGUCUCUGCGAAGCAUCAAAUACAUGGGCCUGUCACGGAGGCUGAUGAAAAGAGAAAGAGCUGUGCUCCUUCUCUUUGUGUUUUUGCAAUUGAGCUGUUCUUUUUGUGUUUUCAUACAGCUCAAGAAAUCACCAGUGAGAUCAAGGACGUGCAAAAUACUGGGCUAAAGUUGCCUGAGCAACAGCCCAUUUGCCCUCUUUAGAAGGCUACAAUGCCUUCCAAAAGGAGGAGACUACAAGAGAGAGAGAAAGAGCUGCGGGAGGCAGCUAAGGGGAGCGCAACCUUGCAGAGCUGGAUUCAGACAACCAGCAGGUCAGCAGAUGAGGCGCAAACACAAGGCUCCAGACCAGAGAGUGAGGGAGAGCAUGCUGAGCAUCAGGAGACACAUCAGACAGACAGCGAGGAAGAUGACUUUGAGCUAUCCACAGUGUGUCAUCGCCCUGAAAGCAUGGACAAGCUGCAGGAGCAGACUAAGUUCACCAAGAAGGAGCUGCAAGUCCUCUACAGAGGUUUCAAAAAUGAGUGUCCGAGUGGUGUGGUGAAUGAGGAGAACUUUAAGAACAUUUACUCCCAGUUCUUCCCUCAGGGAGAUUCAAGUAUGUAUGCACAUUUCCUGUUUGAAGCCUUCGACACUAACAAGAACGGCUCGGUUAGUUUUGAGGACUUUGUAUUUGGCCUGUCUAUCAUUCUGAGAGGGACCAUUAAUGAUCGGUUAAACUGGGCGUUCAACCUCUAUGACCUGAACAAGGAUGGCUGCAUCACCAAAGAGGAGAUGUUGGACAUCAUGACGUCCAUCUAUGACAUGAUGGGGAAGUACACAUACCCCACUAUGCAGGACGAUGCCCCAAGAGAUCAUGUGGAGAGCUUCUUCCAGAAAAUGGACCGAAAUAAAGAUGGGGUAGUCACCGUAGACGAGUUUAUUGAGUCAUGCAAAAAGGAUGAGAACAUCAUGCAGUCCAUGCAGCUGUUUGACAACGUCAUCUAAGAAUCUGGACCAGGGAGUACACUGGCACCAGGGAGGGG